AUGGCUUCGACGUCUCUGGCGCGCACUGUGGGGCUUGGCGCACGACGUAUCGCACCGUCCAGCGUCCACUCGACAGCACGAUGCUUCACCACCGCCUCCGCGCUCAAGAACGCCCAGGAUGACCGACCGGCCUCUUCGCAAAUCUUCACACCUUCGGACGUUCAAGCGGGCAUCGCAGCCCUGAGCGCAGCCGGGUACGACGCCUCAACCGUAUGGGAGCAGCGCGUAGUCUGGGGCGAUCACGACCAGUUUCAGCACGUCAACAACGUCCAUUUCGUCCGAUGGUUCGAGAGCGCUCGCAUGUUCUUCGCCUCCACCCUCGCCAAGGAGUUCCCCGAAGCGAGGAGACAGGAGAUCGAGAGGGGAACCGGAAAGAGCUUCAUCUUGGCUGGGAUCAAUGUGAGAUACAGACGACCCGUUGUAUAUCCCGAUACAAUCUUGGUCGGUCAAGCAUGCGAGCUUCCCCUCGGCAAGGACAGGUUCAUGCUACGAGGCGCAGCCUACUCGUUGGCACAGAAGACCAUCGUCGCUGUCUCAGCCCAGGACUGUGUGACGUACGACUACACCAAGCUCAAAAAGUGCGACAUCCCAGAAGACAUCAAACAGGCACUCGAGGCGAGAGGCAGUCACUUUGACAAGAAGCUGUAG